CCCGUACGGGACCAUUGUUUCUCUGGCUUUUGAUUGGCUGAGUUGAUUUGUCACCUCUGUCCCGCACUCUUUCUAACGUCCUAAUUAGUUCAGUCGGAUGUCUGGUAGUGACAGCUUAGAGCAGGCCGUGAAUUUGACGCGUGCUCACCGUCCAAAGUCAACGGGAAUUCUUCUAAAUUAGAAACUUGCCGUAUAUAAUUCUCUCUCUGUCCUGCCUGGUGACAAAGUAGCAAAAUGUCGUCUGCUGCGAGGGAUGUUGACAGCUCGCGGUGCUCCAUUAAGAAACAGGAGAUGUUUGAGACUUUCCAGACAUGGGCCCUCCAAAAUUAUGGAGACAGUGGAAAAACAAAGACAGUGACCCGUAAAAAAUAUGAGCGAAUAGUGAAAAUUCUGAGUGGUGAGGAACCAUCAACUGCAGACAAUUCAAAGUUCAGGUUUUGGGUGAAAGCGAAAGGAUUUCGUUUGGGACCUUCUGAGAACACAGGGAAAGGAUGCGAACAAACGAUUUAUGUUCCUACGAAGCCUGUGACAGACCCUAAUUGCAACGACACAGAAAAGAACUACAAGAAGGUUGCUAGGGUGGAAGAUUUCUUCAACAUCAUCUAUAAUGUUCACGUGGACAUGGAUGGUAGAGGUGGCAAACACGCUGGUCAAAAACGUACCUAUAGAGCGAUUGCAGAAACCUACGCAUUUUUACCAAGAGAAGCAGUUACACGGUUCCUCAUGUCCUGCUCGGACUGUCAGAAAAGAAUGCAUGUGACGUCAUCGGAAGAAACUCAAAGUAAUACGUCAUGUGAGUCAACUUACAAACCGGAAAUGGCCAUAGAAGACCCACCCAUCAUUGACUUCAGUGUGCCUAUCACACAGACAUACCUGAAUCACAUGAAACAAAAAAGCAUCAUGAACGACGUCGGAGCGACGGAUGAGGAGAGCAUGUCCAGUGUGGAUAGCACCGGAGGAAGUAGGGAAGGUAGUCCAGCCUUAUCUGAUGAUACGACCACCAACCACAGAUCCACCCCUAAAGAAGAUAGCCCUAUGGCGGAUGAAGAAGCCAGCCUUUCAUUUGCUAUAUCUAAAUCUCCGUCAUCAAGGUCAGAUGACCGCGGACAUCCCGAAAGAAAAAGAAGAGCUAGCGAAGACAGUUGUGAGAGUUCAACAAAAUUAAGCGAGAGCGGAAAUAACGACGAAUCUGUUGGUAAAGAUGAAGACGAUGACGACGAUAAUGAUGAUGAUGAUAAAAUGCCAACUGGACAAGACUUUGAUCCUGAGAGACUCAAGGCCUUUAAUAUGUUUGUUCGCCUGUUUGUUGAUGAAAAUCUGGACAGAAUGGUUCCAAUUUCAAAACAGCCUAAGGAUAAAAUCCAGGCUAUUUUAGAGGCUUGCGAUCGACAAUUUCCGGAAUUCCACGUCAGAUCUCGUAAAAGAAUCCGUACUUACCUCAAAUCUUGCCGUCGAAUGCGCAGAUCUAAAGAACAGAACGGAUGGGAACCCCAACAGAUGCGACCCACUCCUCCACAUCUUACCUCGGCUGCAGCAGAAAGUCUUCUUGCACAAGCCUGCGAAAAUGAAAGCCAAAAUGCCAAGCGCAUGCGUCUUGGACUAGAGCCACUUCCGGCCGUGUCAAUGCAACACAACAGUUCAACAACAAAUAGUCAAUCUCAGACAACUGCUCAGCCGCAACAACAGUCAACGCCUGCUCCAUCACCACAUUCCCAAUCAUCCUCCAAUCAAACGUCACCUCAGUCUCAACAAUCUGCAUCACAAGUAGAUAGACAUGCACACACUAAUAACGACUUCUUGCGUCAUCAACCACCACCUCCUGCCUUCAGGCCCGCUCCAGAAUUCCAUCCACCAUUUUUCACGAAUGGAAAUGGACUAUUUCGACCCGGAUUUCCGGGAUAUCAGCAUCCGGCACAUCACCACCCACCUGUCUUGUCGCACAGCUCACUGAACCCGACCUCGGUUCAAAACGGUAAGUUAAGUCCCACAGAUCUUAGCAUAAAGAAACAGUCCUCUAAGAGUCAAUUAAGUGCUGGAGAAAUUGCCACUAUAAAACAGCUAAUUGGUGGCUACCGCGAGUCAGCUGCCUUUCUCUACCGUUCAGCAGACGAACUUGAACAGUUGCUUCUUCAGCAAAACUAGUUUGGAAUUAAUUUAGUGCAAAUUCGUCUAGUCGACUAUACCUCAUAAUCUGCCUGGUGCUUUCUGCAUACAAGAAGCAUCUUCAAAUAAAUCGCCUCCCAGGUUUAGGCUACGUAAGGUAUAUACAUAUGUAUGUGAACAACAACAUGCAAUUGCCCAUUUAUAGGUUUUAAGACAAAAGUAUAUUGGAUAUUGCUUUUUAUGAAAAAGAAAAUGUUAUAAUUCACAUAAUUUUUCUGAGCACUUAAAACGGUUUCAACCAAAGGGGUGUAGAUCGAGUCCGAUAAUAUGGGCCGAUAUGCUACUGUACAAUUAAUAUUCACUGGGUUUGACUCCAUGCUAUGAUCUCAAUUUUAAAGAGUUGCGUUGUUUUUACUAGGACUUUAAUGAACAUAUGUAUAAAUAUAAAGACAAACAUAUCUUCAUAUGCAUAGCGAAAUAUAAUAUUGCAAACAGUUUCAUUUCAAUACUUUAUUGUGUCCUUUUUUGACAGGAAUUUCUUGUUGUUAUCUGUCCGUUGUGACGUAUGUGAUGAAUUUGUAAAAGGAAUUUACUUUCGUGUCGCCCUACUACAAUAUAACCCCUGUAAAUUUUUCCAUCUGUAUUAUGUAAACUGGUGCUUAAUUUCCCAAAUCCACUGUGAUUACCUUUAGGGUAAAUUUUUCCCUUAAGUGUCAUAGCUUCGUUUAGGAAAUCGUAAAUAAAAGAAUUAUUACUUAUAUUUGCGCAGUUUUACUAGUCAUACUAUUUGUUUUCUUAUUUAAUUUUUUCCUCACAUUUUUUUGGUAUUAUUUAACAGUAUUUUAUUUAUUUCAUGUAAAUACUUUUUUCUUUAUGUGUGUAUUAUAAAUAUGG